GUGGUGGCAGCGGCGCCGGCAAGAGUUUUGUAGCGGCAGAGGCGGGAGCCCAAUGAGGAUAUAUACAUGCACACGCAAUACAGCACACAGUCGAUAGCCGGCAGUCGUAGGUAGCGGUCCGUGCUCUCCUUCCUCCUCCAUCCUUUGAGGUAGCGAGGGAGAGAAAAAGAAAAAAUAGAGAGAAACGAAAGAAAGGAGAAGAGAGUAGUAGUAAUUCUUCUUCUCUCCAAUCGUAUCGAAGAAUUUAGCUGGCUAAUCACGAGUCUUAUUAUCGUUUUCUUCUAUCGAGAAAGCUAAGAUCGCAAAAAAGAUAGAUAUUAAAAAUAAAAGAAACUGAGAGAUAUAUAUUAUACACUUAUAUAUGAGAAAGAUUUCAUUGUGACAAGAAGUUAAUCGUCUAUGAAGAUUCCUGCAAGAAUUUUACGUUUACUCUCAUUAAUUAUUUUCUUUUUUUUUUGGUUUUUCUUCUUAUAUUUUAAUUAAUUAACUAUGACCGUUUCGGUGUUGUACUUGUCCUAUUCUUCUCGUGGCCAGCCACGAGAAUUAGGGUUCAAGAUAAAUGAUCGAAUUAUUAUGAAGGAUUAUCAUCGUCGAAGAAGAUAAAGAAAAAAAGAAUUGAUUUUUCCUCUUAAAAUUCCUCUUAAAGAUCGAAUUAGCAACAUCAUUAACUUCUUUAUUCUUAUGUUUUGUUGAAUUUGUUUUUUAUAACGAGUUCAUGUGCAUUCGUUAUUUAAGAAUGGUGUGUGAUUAUUAUAUACGUUUUCCUUGUGUGCAACAAAAACGGAUAGAAAAAAGGUGAAAAGAAAGAUAAAAGUAAAUAGACUGGAAUUAUCAAAAGACUCAGAAGAGGUGAGAAACAGUCUUGAUCGUUUUAGAUUAAAAGAACGAUCGAAAUAAGAGAGAAAAAAGAAGGGGAAAGAAGGGGAAAGUGUGAGAUCCGCGUAGGAGAGCGUAGAACCGCGUUGAGUUCUCUCUGUAGAGAGUAGCCGAGCGAUCAAGGCCCGGACACAGGCCACGAGCUCGCGUUCCUGGCUAUGGGCAAGCUCUCAAUAAUCAUUCGAAGUGGUACUCGUGAAAACGACCGAGAAGAGCCGGCAAAGCAAGAGCAACAACAGCAACGUCAACAACGAUAUCAUCGGCAAAUUUCUUGCCGUAACAACGCCAAAGUCAUUUCGUGCUGUGCCGACUCUUCAUCUGUGAAUAGUAGCUUGUUUGAUGUUUGCGAAGAAACUGCUACGGUGAGAUCCGGUACUCGAGGACAACCACCACGUGCUUUGAAUGCUCUAAAGACGUUCCACAACGAGACCACCUCUUAUUCGUUAUUUUCGUUUUGUACUACGGUAGACUCCGAUAAUAGUGUUGCUAAUAAAGAACGUAAAGAACAGGAUGAACUACUGUUAGUCGUUGGUGAAAACUGUAGAAAAAUUUCUUCUUCUUCAUCUUUGUCUUCGUCGUCGUCGUCGUCGUCGUCGUCGUCAUCGUAUUCCUCGUCGUCAUCUUCCUCUUUAUUGAGGAAACCAACAAAAGGUUUAUCUAAAAGUAUUAUCCUUGCUCUACUCGUGAUGAGCGUUUUGUACGAGCCUAUACUUGGUGUACCAGCACCGGCAUCAUCUUCAUUUUCAUCUUAUGAGCUUCAGCAGCAGCAGGUGGAAACCUAUUCGAGAUUCCUCGAAUUCGAAGAGAACUACGAGGAGGAGGUGAUAUAUGAGCCAACGGCAACGGCUACGCCAACUAGUGCUGGUCAUUCUUCGAGGAACGUGCUCGGCGACGAAGAGCUCGAGAUUAUCAGAAGGAGCAUCGUAGAAAGCCUCGGGCUUCGGAGGAUACCUGAUCCUUCUAAGGCUAACGUAAGCCAGACGGAAUACGAGAGGGCGCACAGAGAGUACCUGAAGAAAGUGCAGCUGUCGCAGCAUCAUGGACCACCGCAGGAGUCGAGAAAACGAAGAAGACUUCACGUGUUUCAUGGCACAGAGCAUUCUGGAAAUAGGACGAGACGAGAGACGACGGAAGUAGAAGUAGAAGAUGAAGAAGAUAGCGAGAUUCUUCAACGAUUGUUCUUUCCCGUGGAAAUUCCCGAGGAUUUAGACGAAGAAGAUUCCACGCUUGAUCACGCAUCCUUGAGGUUCCUGUUGGUGGGAGAUCACCGAGCUACCGACAAUGACAACGAUUUGGAAAUUAUCGUUUAUCUACGAAACGAACAAUUGUAUUCUGACACGAUAGCUUUAUCUUCGUCGUCGUCGUCGUCGUCGUCGAAAACAAGGCCGACAACGAGGAGAAAAAGUCCGCAAGUAAGAAAAAGAAUUCGAUUGGACGAUCCACGAGAUUCAAAAUGGUUAGAAGUAGACGUAACGGAGUUAGCGAUAGCAUGUUUACUCGAUGAACGAAAGAACCUUGAAUUAAAUUUACAAUUUCUUCAAAAUGGUUCACCGAUUGGUCGCGUCUUUGCUUUACCUGCUUUAAAUGUUUUUACAACUGCAUCCUAUGAUGUAACGGGUAAUAAUAACGGUAAUAGAAGAAGGAAACGCGGAACACCGGAAAAAUUGAUGUCUCUUCACAAGGGACGUAGGACCGAGUGUCGUGAGGAUAACAAAAAAUGUUGUAGACACGAGAUGACGGUAAUAUUCAAAGAUCUCAAGGGUUUCGAAUUUAUUGUGCAACCUAAGACAUUCGACGCGGGUUAUUGCAAGGGUCGAUGUCCACCUAGAUACAAUCCUGCCCAUCAUCAUGCACUUUUACAAAGUCUUAUAUGGAAGGAAGAUAAAAGGAAAGCACCGAGGCCUUGUUGUGCACCAAGCAAACUCACCGAACUCGAGAUUCUUUAUUUCGACGAGAACGACUCUACCACUUUGAAGAUCUCCAAUUGGAAGAACAUGCGUGUGCUGGAAUGUGCUUGUUCGUAGAAAGGGAGAAAGGGGCCUUCGAAAGAGAGAGAGAGUGAGAGUGAGAGAGAGAAAGAGAGAGAGAGAGAGAGAGAGAGAGAGAGAGAAGAAAGAGAUAUGGUCUUGAACCAAUCCAGGAGUCGUUUAGGACUCACCAAAGAAUCGUCCGAAUAACAUAUAGUUUUGUGUAAGGUGGUUUUCUCCCUUUUUUCUUUUAUUUUUCACGUACAUCUUUUCCUAUAGAUCUUCCUUUUGUUCAAUUAUUAUAGGAGAUUCACGAGAUAAUAUUUAGAGGAUUAGAAAUUAAAUUCUAAGGAAGAAACCACCAUAAAAUAAAUACAGACCCUUUGACUCCCUCUCGGUAGUAGCGGGUCUCACAUUGACUGUGAUACUAAGAUAUCUGCUCGUCAUUGUUCAUUAUAGUUUAAUAUUAGUCGUAUUUUUUACCGAUAGGAUUCUUUUUAAUCGU